AUGGCAACGGCCAAUGGCAGCCAUACCGCGAAAUAUGAUGCCUCCUGCAGCGUGGACGCCGCCGGGACCCUCUUGGAUGACACACCACCUGUCCCGGGAGAAGACUUGCCGGCAUCCUCAGUUGCAUGCGAUAGCGUCACGCCAGAGAACACUGUCCGAGACGAGCCCAUCGUCCAGGCGCCCUCACCAAGCGCGUCUUCGGGUGUCGAAACCGAGAGGAUCCGUGACCUCGACGGCAUUUCGGGGGACCUGGCGCCCGCGCUCGCAUCACCGCCAGUUGCGUUUCUGGACGCCUUGGCUGCAGCUGAAGACGCUGCCGCGUCAACACGAUGCCCGCUGGUCCAAGAUGUACGUAAUCUGGUGGACCAGGUGCCCGUUACUGCCGCUGGUGCUGCUACCAACGGCGACCCUGGUGAAGGGCUUGACGAGGGCAGAAUGGCAACGUCCGAAAACCACCACAGCGCGAAAUACGACGCCCCUUGCAGUAUGGACGUCGCGGGGCUCGGUGGAUCGACUACCUUGCGUUCCGAGGAUGAUGGCCAGGACGUCAGCGACUUGCUCGUCGUGAAGUCUCCUGGCAGCGAUCAACGUGACGUGCUGGCGGCCGCUUCCGCACAGACCGCCACGAUCGUCGAUGGCAACGGCGACAGCCCGAACCUACCGGUCGUACUACCACCACACACGGCCGCUGAGAAGGGUCCUGAACAAGACGACGGACCAGAAGGCACAGAAGUGGAGUCACAGCGCCUCCCCAACCAGGACCAAGCAUCUACCGAGGGAGAUCAUCCCGAAGAAAAGGCCAUGACGAACGGACUCUCUCGCCCUUCCUCCUCAAGCCGGAUCGGAGCGCGCCAUGUUGCAGCCCAUGACGAGCCUCAGAUUCGUGGCGAUUCAGCGCCUGGAGCACCCGCUUCGACUGCCUCGGACAUGUUGUCCAGGGUGGAAUACAAGCACCUUGGCAUUGCUGUGGUCGGGUUGUUGCUGUUGGUUCUUACCGUCAAGAGCAGGGUCGGGAUGAAGGUGGUUGCUGUGGCCAUGCUGGCGAUGUCGCUGGCCGUGGUCGGGUGCCGCACGGGCGCGCGGCGGAGCCAAGGCGCCGGCACCCCUCCCGCGUGGGGCGAGUGGUGCUUGUGGUGA